GAGUAUGUCAAAAGAGUUAAAUGCCAAAUGUAACGUCACUUCUUUCACUCCUCAUCUAACUCUCAACACUCUUUUUGUAUAUAUAAUCUUGAACAAUAGGUUAUCUCAACAUUUGCAUAUUGUCUAUAUUUAUCAAAUCCACUGGAACUCAUAAUAAGUUCAUUCAUCCUCGGGUAACUUUCUUGACCUCUCUCCAUCUUAUCUUUUACGAGUCUUAAAGACUUUACUUAUCUAAAAAAUCCGUUUUAGUCUCUCAAAAUUGAUUAUUAGAUGCUAUAUUCUAGUCGCAAAAACUAGUUUUUUGGACUUGAGAAUUUUAUAAAAUCAUUGAAGAAUACUAAAUUUUCCUUACUAAAACAAAACAUUCCCCAAGGUUAAUCAACUAAAAUCUAUUAUCCUAUAUGAAUUAUUCUUAUGGGUCAAAUCAUGUAAAUUAUCUGGAUAUCCAAAUUAUUAACUAAAAUUCUUAAUAAUUUUGUGAAAUUACUCAAAUUAUCAAAAUCAAUAUUACCCAAAAUGAAAAGAAACAUUUGUUGCUUUAUAAGUUAGAUUCUUCCCACGUGGCCUGGUUUAGUUAUAGUUGCCGACGAAAAAUUUCCGAUCACAUUCUUAACGGCGUGAGUUUCUGUGGGGAGCAAAACAUGAAAAAGAUGCGAUAUUUUCGUAACGCCGUUAACUUUGUUAACAAAAACGACAAGACAAGGUUUUGGCAACGAGACCAAUCAGACCAGACUUAUGAGAACGAUCGAUCAAAACAUCUCACUCACGAGAAAAAUGAGGACCUUGAAGCUUCUUAUACUUAAAGUCUUCCCUUUUCCAGAAAAAUCAACCAAACCCAGUUCAAUUUUCCCGGAAAGUUUUUGUCUUUCAAUCACCAUUAGAAAUUCAGCUGCAACACAAGUGUUUGAACAGAGAGAAUCAUGGAGAAAGCUGUUGAAAGACAAAAGAUUUUGCUUCGUCAUCUCAAUCCAAUUUCUUCUACUAAUUCUUCUCUUAAUCAUGAACCUUCUCUUUUUUCUCUUGUGAAUUGUGCUUCUGAGGUUUCCCCAAUGGCUGCUUUUGGAGAUGACAUUGUGAUUGUAGCGGCAUAUCGUACCGCCAUUUGCAAAGCAAGACGUGGAGGUUUCAAAGACACUCUUCCUGAUGAUCUUCUAGCUUCUGUUCUUAAGGCUGUAGUGGAAAGAACAUCUUUGGAUCCAAGUGAAGUUGGGGAUAUCGUUGUUGGUACCGUGAUAGCGCCCGGUUCUCAGAGAGCUAUGGAAUGUAGAGUAGCAGCUUAUUUUGCUGGUUUUCCUGACACCGUGCCAGUUAGAACUGUCAAUAGACAAUGCUCAUCAGGACUACAAGCAGUUGCUGAUGUUGCUGCUUCCAUUAGAGCUGGUUAUUACGACAUUGGUAUUGGUGCUGGAGUGGAAUCAAUGUCAACUGAUCAUAUUCCUGGAGGUGGCUUUCAUGCCUCUAAUCCAAGAGCACAAGAUUUCCCGAAAGCUCGUGAUUGUUUGCUUCCAAUGGGAAUUACUUCUGAAAACGUUGCAGAAAGAUUCGGUGUCACAAGAGAAGAGCAAGAUAUGGCUGCGGUGGAGUCUCACAAACGCGCUGCAGCUGCAAUCACGUCUGGUAAACUCAAGGAUGAAAUAAUUCCUGUUGCUACUAAGAUUGUGGACCCCGAGACUAAAGCAGAGAAGGCAAUUGUUGUAUCUGUUGAUGACGGUGUACGUCCAAACUCAAACUUGGCAGAUCUGGCAAAGCUGAAGACCGUCUUUAAACAGAACGGUUCCACCACAGCUGGUAAUGCUAGCCAGAUCAGUGAUGGUGCUGGAGCUGUACUGCUAAUGAAGAGAAGUUUGGCAAUGAAGAAGGGACUUCCCAUUCUUGGAGUGUUCAGGAGCUUUGCUGUUACUGGUGUGGAUCCAUCUGUAAUGGGUAUCGGUCCGGCUGUUGCCAUUCCCGCUGCAACUAAACUUGCAGGCCUCAACGUCAGCGAUAUUGAUCUAUUCGAGAUCAAUGAGGCAUUUGCAUCUCAGUAUGUGUACUGUUGCAAAAAGCUAGAGCUAGAUAUGGAAAAGGUCAAUGUUAAUGGAGGAGCCAUUGCUAUUGGCCAUCCUCUGGGUGCUACAGGAGCUCGAUGUGUUGCGACAUUGUUGCAUGAGAUGAAGCGGAGAGGGAAAGAUUGCCGCUUUGGAGUAAUCUCAAUGUGCAUAGGCACUGGAAUGGGAGCUGCAGCUGUUUUUGAGAGGGGAGACUCUGUUGAUAACUUGUCCAACGCUCGAGUGGCUAAUGGUGAUGAUCAUUAGAACAGCAUAGAGAGCUUGAAUAAGUAGAAGUAAUGAUACAUUGAGUCUUAAAAAUCUAAUGCUUUAGCUCUUUCACAUUGUUGAAUAAUGAAAACUUUGUCAUUCUGAGUUUGAACGUCAACUACUACUCCGAACAAAGAGUUAUAUCUAAAAUCAAAAGUUACAUCCUUC